AGCCUUCGACAUUUUAACAUUUUUUUUCUUAACAUUUUAAGAAAAAUUCAAAAUUAAUAUACAAUGAACCAAUGCCGAGUGAGGGGUCUCGUGUUGAUCAGAAGGGAUCUGGCUCGAGGGCUGCUCGGCUGCAGUAGACAUCAUAUCCAGCAAGAGCACCUCCUUCUCCUUCAACCCCAGCUGGCCCGGUUAACCCUGCGUUGUAUACACAGAUCGGGAAAGGAUGUGGAGACCUUUGUCAACGGAUGCAGUGCGAACUACAUAGAGGGAUUGUACACGAAAUGGAAGAAGGACCCGGAAUCCGUCGAUGAGUCUUGGGAUGAGUUUUUUCGCGGCGGCGAUGGAGCUUCAUACAGGAAACUAUUGCGCAUCUCAGACUCCCGUAAGCGUGGAGUCGGUGCCGUAGACAAGGCAGUGAUUCCUCUUCAUACAGAAACGAGAUCUGCCUCUGGCGGAGCACCGGCCGCAGCACCAGCACCCGCUGGAGACUGGAAGAGUAUUGAUGACCACCACACCAUACAGGCCAUCAUCCGGGCAUAUCAAAUGCGAGGUCAUCUAGCCGCCAGACUGGAUCCUCUGGGAAUUAUUAAUCCCACACAGAAAACAUCUAUGGACGGCUCCCAGCGAUCAGCCAGUGAACAAGUUCUCCGGCAACAUUACCGAUAUAUAUUUAAUGAUCUAAAUGCUAAUUUUAAGCUGCCCCCUUCCACAAGAAUUGGUGGAGGCGAGGAGUUUUUACCUCUUAGAGAAAUAUUGGAUCGUUUGGAGCGGAUAUACUGCGGCCAUAUUGGCUUCGAAUAUAUGCAUAUAUAUUCACUGUCCAAGAUCACUUGGUUGCGGGAUCGGAUUGAGAAACCAAAUGCCUUCGCCUUGGAUAAGGAUGAGAAGAAACUCAUUCUAGAACGACUAGUCCGAGCUACGGUAUUCGAAAAUUUCCUGGCCAAGAAGUUGCCUUCGGAGAAGCGGUUCGGCUUGGAAGGAUGCGACAUUAUGAUACCAGUCAUCAAGGAGGUAGUUGAUAGGUCCACGGAACUUGGUAUAGAGUCUAUACUAAUUGGAAUGGCACAUCGAGGUCGGCUCAAUGUGCUGGCCAAUGUAUGUCACAAAAGCAUUUCCGACCUCUUGGCCCAAUUCCACGGUUUGAAAGCCGAGGACUCUGGCUCCGGAGAUGUGAAAUACCAUCUGGGCGUCUUCCAGGAGAGGUUGAACCGACAAACCAGUAAAAUGGUGCGCAUUACUGUGGUGGCCAAUCCCUCGCAUCUGGAGUAUGUGAAUCCGGUGCUUCUGGGCAAGGCACGGGCCGAGAUGUUCAUCCGCGGCGAUGCCAAGGGCAACCAAGUGCUGCCCAUCAUCAUUCACGGCGACGCCUCCUUCUGCGGACAGGGCGUGGUCUUCGAGUCGAUGCACUUGUCCGACCUACCCAACUACACCACCCACGGGACGAUGCACAUCGUCGCCAACAACCAAGUUGGAUUCACCACCGAUCCACGCUUCUCCCGUUCCUCCCGCUACUGCACUGACGUGGCUAAGGUGGUCAACGCUCCGAUCUUUCAUGUGAAUGCCGAUGAUCCGGAAGCGUGCAUCAAUUGUGCCCGCAUAGCCACCGAAUAUCGGGAAAAAUUCAAAAGGGACGUAGUCAUCGAUAUCGUCGGCUACCGACGCAAUGGUCACAACGAGGCGGAUGAGCCCAUGUUCACCCAGCCCCUGAUGUACCAGCGCAUCCGGAAACAGAAGCCCGUAGCGGCACUCUAUUCCGAAAAACUGACCAAGGAGGGGGUCAUCACGGCGGCCGAGUACAAGGGUUUGGUCGACAGGUUCGAAAAGAUGUUCGAAGACGGCUGGAAGAGUUCCAAGGAACUAAAGUCAGUCAAGCACUCUUCAUGGAUUGACUCGCCCUGGCCGGGAUUCUUUGAGGGACGGGAUCGCCUCAAGAUCUGUCCCACUGGCAUAAGCAUGGACACCAUGAAGAGGAUCGGUGAGACGUUCUCCAGUCCACCGCCAGAGGAUCACAUGUUUGAAACGCAUCGGGGCAUCAUGCGGAUCUUGCAGCUUCGCAAACAAAUGGUGGACGAGAAGGUGGCCGACUGGGCACUGGGUGAGGCCUUUGCGUUCGGCUCCCUGCUGAAGGAGGGCAUCCAUGUCCGGCUCUCUGGCCAGGAUGUCGAGCGUGGCACCUUCUCGCACCGGCACCAUGUGCUGCACCACCAAUCGGCCGACAAGGUCAUCUAUACUGCCCUGCAACAUCUCUACCCGGAUCAGGCGGAUUACUCAGUGUCCAACAGCUCGCUGUCGGAGUGCGCCGUGCUGGGUUUCGAGCAUGGCUACUCAAUGGCCAGUCCGCACGCUCUGGUCAUAUGGGAGGGACAGUUCGGUGACUUUGUGAAUACGGCGCAGUGCAUCAUUGAUCAGUUCAUUGCCAGCGGGGAGACCAAGUGGGUGCGGCAAUCGGGUAUGGUUCUGCUCCUCCCCCACAGCAUGGAAGGCAUGGGCCCGGAGCACAGCUCUGGCCGUCCCGAGCGAUUCCUUCAGUUGAGCGACGACGAUCCGGACGUCUAUCCGGAUACCUGUGAUGCUGAUUUUGUGGCCCGCCAGCUGCUCAACAUCAACUGGAUUGUUACCAACUUGACCACGCCCGCCAAUCUCUGUCAUGCCCUGCGGCGCCAGAUGAUGAUGGGCUUCCGGAAGCCGUUGAUUAACUUCUCCCCCAAGUCCCUACUUCGUCAUCCGAUGGCCCGAAGUCCCUUCAAGGACUUCAACGAGUGCAGUUCCUUCCAGCGCAUCAUUCCUGAUACUGGAGCUGCCGGCAAGAAUCCCGGAAAUGUCAAGAAAUUAGUGUUUUGCUCCGGAAAAGUAUACUACGAUCUUUUCCAAGAGCGGGACGAUCACGAGCAGGUGGAUAAAGUGGCUCUUGUUCGGGUGGAGCAGUUAUGUCCCUUCCCCUACGACCUGAUUAAUGAACAAUUCGCCCUGUAUCCCAAGGCAGAGCUGAUGUGGGCCCAGGAGGAGCACAAGAACAGUGGCGGCUGGAGCUAUGUCCAACCCAGAUUCGAUACGGCUCUGCUCAAAAAUGAAAAAGAAACACGCUGUGUUUCCUACCAUGGACGACCGCCCAGCUCAUCGCCUGCCACUGGCAACAAGGUGCAGCACAAGACGGAGUACAAGGACUUCAUAACCAGCGUAUUUGGUGAGCUGACCCCGGCGAACAAGAAGCGUUUGGCCGACAAGGUCAAGGCACAGCAACAGAAGGCCAAGUCGGCUUCUCCUAAGGACCCGCCAAAGAAAGGAGGAGAUAAGCCGCCUGCCGCAAAACCAGCAAAGAAGAGAGUUGAUACGGAAGCCGCAGCUCCCGUGCUUAAAAGACCACCCAGAGGCACCCCCAAAGGCGCAUCUCCUGUUGCCGAGAACAAACGCGCCCAGCCCGCUGCUAAGGAAGCCCCAGAGGAAUCUGGUGUCACUCGCAUCAUUGCCUCGAAAGUUCUUAGAAACAGGUCGACCUCCCGUGGCUCUUCAAAAGGUGAUGUCGGAAAGACCAGCCAAUCGCCGACGCCUACAAGAAGUAAACGGGAGCCCAAGGAUCCAACGCAAGGAGAGGGUGGAGACGGGCAGACCCCGAAGCUUCCCUAGGGUCUCUGACGCUUAAUUUAUUUAUACUCGUUUGGAUAUACCUGCCAGUCUUAAUAUUAUACAAGAGAAAAGAGGAAAGUCAGGUCCUUUAUCAAAAUUCUUCGUUGCAGUUAAUGAAUUUGUAUAGCCGUGAAGACAAUAAUAUUAUUUAAACGAUUACACAUAUAAAAAUUUACUUUAAUAUCAACAAUUUGCGUUCAAAAUA